AUGCAGCCUUCAACGAUCUGUUCAGGUGCUAGACGCCUUCAAAUGACCACGAAGAUGGGUCACCAAUACUAUCGAGGUACAAGAACCGGGAAAAUGGGUCAAAUUACAAACAAAGGUGGUUUCUCUGUUGAAUGGACGCGUGUCCGUACAUUUGUCCCCCCGGCCGGCAAUUGCGACCUUCUUCCUUAUGUUUCCAACAAAGUAAAGCCCUUGAAAGGUGCUUACCCUAAAGGCGCCAAUGGUUUAGAUGGAUCCGUAUAUUACGAUCUGGCAAAAUCCUAA